AUGAUGAAGAAAUUAGAGCUUGUUUUUGUGCCUCUUCCGGCCAUCGGACACCUUGUAUCAACUGUGGAGUUUGCUAAGCUUCUUGUUGGCAGAGAUGACCGCUUCUCAGUCACUGUGCUCGUCAUGAAGGGACCUAUUCUGCAGACUGCGGUAACCAACUAUAUCCAUUCAGUUUCUGCUUCCUUAUCCGGGUCCAUUCGAUUUGUCCAUCUUCCUCACCUCGACUCAGACUCAUCCAACUCACACCCGUCAUCGCCAUCUCCUGUCUACUUCCAUAAUGUCAUGGAAAGACAGAAGUCUCUUGUUAGGGAUGCAGUCCACCAGCUCAUCCUGUCUGAGCCGGGUCGACUCGCUGGGAUUGUGGUUGAUUUGCUGUGCACUUCCAUGAUGGAUGUAGCUGAUGAAUUGGGUGUUCCUUCCUAUGUGUUCUCCACGUCCAGUGCGGCCUGCCUUGCUCUCAUGUUUCAUCUCCAAACCCUGCAGGACCACCAGGGCGUGGAUCUCACUGAGUUUGCUGACUCGGAUGCUGAGUUGGUGGUCCCCGGUUUUGUCAACUCGGUUCCUGCUCGAGUCUUGCCUGCUUUAUGGGUGAACAAGGAGGGUGGGGGGGCACUCCUCAGGGAGGCAAGGAGGGCAAGAGAAGCUAAGGGUAUUUUGGUAAAUACAUUUAUGGAGUUAGAAUCUCAUGUGAUCAACUCCUUUGCGAACGGUACAACUCCCCCUGUGUACACAGUGGGACCCUUAUUGAACUUAAAUCAUGGGGACCACCACAAACAAGAUAGUGCCUCAGAUGUCAUUAGAUGGCUUGAUGAUCAGCCUCAAUCAUCAGUGGUGUUCUUAUGUUUUGGUAGUGUUGGAGCAUUCAACGAUGAUCAAAUAAAAAAUAUUGCAAGUGGGCUUGAAAAUAGUGGAUAUCGUUUCUUGUGGUCUCUUCGUCGAUCUCCACCAAAAGGUAUGAUCGCAGACUCUAGUGAUUACACAAAUUUUGAGGAAGUUUUAUCAAAAGAGUUCUUAAAUCGUACAUCUGAGAUCGGAAAGAUAAUUGGAUGGGCACCACAAAUGGAAGUUCUAGCCCACUCUGCAAUAGGAGGGUUUAUUUCUCAUUGUGGAUGGAAUUCUACGCUGGAGAGCAUAUGGCAUGGUGUACCAUUAGCUACGUGGCCAAUAUAUGCGGAACAACAAUUGAAUGCCUUUCAAAUAAUAAGAGAGUUAGAAAUGGGGGUGGAGAUCAAAAUAGAUUAUAAUAAGGAUAGGAAUAAUAUUGAUCUUAUAAAUUCUCAAGAGAUUGAGAGUAGGAUAAGAAGUUUGAUGGAUGAUGGUAACCACAUUAGAAAGAAGUUGGCAUCUAUGAAAGAAAUGUGCAUGAAGGCCUUGAUGGAAGGUGGAUCUUCGAACUCUAGCAUACAAUGUCUAAUUGGAGACAUGAUAACCAAUUUCUCAUGA